ACUUACAAUGAAGGAAAACGAAACUGCGCGUUUCUUCGUUAGAAAAAGACGCAAAUGCAAUCGUAGAACUUGAGAUGUACAAUUCGAUAUCAAGAGAUGUUGUUCGCUUCGUCUCGGUCCUUCGAAUGCCAUAGUUGAACACGCCUCGUCUGUCGUCACUACCGGUACAUGCUAAAACCCGCACUACUCGUCUGGUCUACGUCCCGUCUUCUCUCGGCUUGGUACGGAUCGGGGGCAAAGUCACAACACUCCCCCCGACUUUAUUGAAGAAGGCCGCUGGACAGGAUAGAUGACCAGUAACGAGAUGAUACCGGGGAGGUGGAUUUGAUGCUUGCAAAGGAGAACAUAUCACUGGCUGAUGUUGAGGAUGGGACCUUGGACGCUCUGUCGUCCAGCGUCUUCUCGACUACAGAUGUAUCGACCUGCCCCUGUGACCCUUCAGGGGAGAAAAUAAGAGAGCAUAAUGUCCCCGGACCACAUUCUUCGAGGAUAUAUCGUUUGUAUGAUAAGUGUCAUUACCAUACAGCCCAGCUUUGCUUCAUUGGUCACUGAACUGUUCACUAAAAUAGAGAGCCUUCAAGUACAUCAUGAUGAGGAUUUCCGCGUUCUCCCCUUAACGUGGCAGGCCCAGAGAGGAAUGUAUCCCAGUGAAGUGAAACUGAACUUUCACGGCGAUGAACAGUAUUAUUUUGCAAGAGAUGCCUUCAAAGUGCCUGACAUUAACAUGUUCACCACAGCAUGGGUGACCACAUGUUUACUUGAGGCCCAUGCUUACGGUAAAUCCCCAAAGCCAACGAUAGAAAAACUGUUAAUGUCUCUGGAUGCAAUUAAGUCCUUCUCAAAUGCAAACGAGAAUAUGGCCAACUCUGAGAUGACAUUUUGGCCCCAGAAACUGAACCAAACGGCAAAGUACUAUCAGAGCACCCCCAGAAACUUGUUUGAAGUUCUAAGUUUCCCAGACUACCUCCCAAACAAGUUGAUUGAAGAGCUUCUUGAGAAAUUGGGGCUGAAAGAUCUUGAGCACAUUUACGAGAUGCUAGUUAGGGAAAAAGAUAUGUAUGCCGUUGCGUUUCACAUUCCCCCAGAUUUUGAUGACACAUUUGUCAAUAUUGGUCUGGGCAGUCUCUUGGGUCAGCUAGGGACAGAAUUUCCCAGUCCCAGCGAUCUCUGGAGGCUACACAACACCAACAUCUCAACAGUAUUUGAUAAGUUGAAAAGAUAUGCAUAUAGACCGAUGUCUGGCAUUGACAGAGUGAACACAAUUGAUCCCAGGACUUAUAUGUAUAUGAGGUCUUUCCUUGAAGACGCCCUGACACAACAACAGGAUGUGGCAAUUGUACCAACAUGGCUUCAAGACACAGAUGAAGUGCGGGUGCUUUUCGACAAAGGCGUGGCAAUGCCUUUUAGCGUUAACAACAUUGAUGUCACUGUGUGUGCUAACUUCCUGUACGGUAUGGUCACUUGUAUCGGCAACAACGUCUGCCCUGUGGACUUAAUUGAUCCUGAUGUACAGAAAAUCUUCAUGAACACAACAGCCCUGGUGGCCCACGAGAUAAAAGUAAACCUUUCUUCUCGCCCAGACUUGGCCUUGACCUAUUACCCUUCAAAGUUUGAAUUUUACUGGUUUGUCACAAGGUCAUAUGCAUGGCUCAAUAGAUUCCUUGCACAGAAGGCUUCCGUGUUGCCUAGCGACACUUACGAGAUGCUGAAGUACGCCCAUGACACCCUGGGACCCGUGCUGACUGAUCACAUGACCUCUGACCUACUGACCUCUGUGCAGCACGCUGGCGACGGUUGCUAUGUCGAUGACUUCCUUGGCAACAGUGAUAUGGAUUUCUCCAAUAAGUCAAUGAACAGGGCAGAGGACCGUAUAUUUACCACAGCGGUUACCAUUAACGCUCUUAUUAACACUUACACAACAUGGGAGAAUGGGUCCCUACAUUGGGAAAGAGGCACGCCAGCCUCUGUUCGUUCGAGUGUGGAAUGUCUGAUUAAAUGGCUGACGGGUCAUGUUCUGUUCUCACAGUACAAGCCCUGGAACGCGUUCUUCUCCGGAUCCGGUAAAGGAGCAAAGAGCAUGCCAUUCUUCUAUCCAGCCAACCGGAUGGAGUAUUUCAAUGGCACCAAAUUUACCGACAAAUCGUUUCCCGCCGAUAUCCACAACAUCAUCGGAAUGCAAGCGGUUGUCUCCACUAAUGACUACAAUGCCAUGUUGUUGCAGCCUCAUUUUGGAAAGGUGACCCCUACGACCUUUAAUGGUUACAACAGCGAGCCGGGCAUGUUUUUCCCAUUCUGGACGUCUGAUGCAUAUACUUUUGCCACCAGUCUUGUUGCUGUUUCACACUUUGAGAAUAUUGUAAAUUAAAUGGACCUGUCCACAGUCGGGCAAAAAUACAUAUUACACCUGUUGCAAAGAUUCCCACAGAGAUUGUUAAAUGUCAACAAACGAGGAAUAUAGUUCGUUAUAGUAACGAUAUUUUUGGGAAUACAGUCAUACUGAACAUUUACCAUACUCUAAAAUAUUUUGACGAUUUGAAAACAUGAAAAACGAUUGAACAAUUCGGAGAGUUCUGUUGUUGUCGUUAUAUUUUGUGUUACUACGAGGAUUGCUUAUAUAAUGUAUGAAAUACAUCACUGAAAGCAUGA